CCCUCCAGCCGGGGGUGCUCUAGAUGCUGCGCGGAGACCCUCUGCACCCCUGCGAACAUGGCGCUGCGAGUGGCGCGGAGCGUGCGGGCCGCGGUCUGCAGCCUGCGCGCCAUCUCUGCGCCCAACGCGCCCUGCCCGCCGCGGCCCUGGGGACUACGGGCGGGCGCCGUCCGGGCGCUGCGCACCGGUCCCGUUCUGCUGUCGGGUCGUAAAUUCACAGACAAACAUGAAUGGGUAACAACAGAAAACGGUGUUGGAACAGUGGGAAUCAGCAAUUUUGCACAGGAAGCUUUGGGAGAUGUUGUUUACUGUAGUCUGCCUGAAGUUGGGACAAAAUUGAACAAACAAGAGGAAUUUGGUCCUUUGGAAAGUGUGAAAGCUGCUAGUGAACUCUAUUCUCCUCUAUCAGGAGAAGUAACUGAAAUUAAUGAAGCUCUAGCAGAAAAUCCAGGACUUGUCAACAAAUCUUGUUAUGAAGAUGGUUGGCUGAUCAAGAUGACACUCAGUAACCCUUCAGAACUAGAUGAACUAAUGAGUGAAGAAGCAUAUGAGAAAUACAUAAAAUCUAUUGAGGAGUGAAAAUGGAACCCCUAAAUAAACUAGUUUGAAACAA